AUGACAGAAAAUUACAUUUGUUGCUUUAUUCAAGGAGCGAAUAGCAAAUUUCUUGUUAACGUUGAAGCAAUUGAAACGAUUGAAGAUCUUAGGGAUUUAAUUGUAUGUCAGCAAAGAAAGUUUUUUCGUAACUUAAAUAUUGACGAGUACGGGAUUUUUAAAAUAUCUGUUUCAUUUGACGAUAAUGCGAAAUAUGAGAAGCUAAAAACAAGUCCGAUUAUGAUAGAGCGUGAGAAAUUGGAGGAUUCUCAAAAAAUUUCUGAAACCUUUAAAAUAAAUAAAAUGCAGAUUCAAGUUUUCAUGGGAAUUCUUGUAGAUACGAGUAUGAAAAAGAUAGUGAAAGAAGCGUCAGUAUCUACUCAGAUCCGUGAAUUAACUGAAACUGUGCAGGUGUCGAUUGUACAGAAUCGGGAUAUGAUAGAACAGUUACUAGUAGAACAGAAUCGGGUAUUAUUAGAACGUAUUGAUGCCAAAAAAACUAAGUUCGUUACAAAGGGAAAAGAGCUAAAUGAGUUGUGUAAGACCAGAGUAUUAAGAGUUGGUGAUGUGUUUCGUUUUGAAAAAAAAUUCGAAACGCUAGCAGGGAUAAAGAUAAAUCAAGACUUCAAGAUCGUCGCUAUUAAUAAUAAUACCUAUGCCCCCACAGUACAAAUAAAAGAUAAAACAGUGCCGGUUGAUGGUGUGGUCAUGCUUGAAAGACAAAUUAUAAACAAUAAUGUCAAGGAAGAGAUUAAAAGACAGAUUGUACAGGACAAAGAAAAUUUUUUAAAGAAACUCCAAGAUUACAAUCACAAACGUGGCGGAGGUAGAGAGGAAAAAAUCAGAACGGCUAUCAACGAGAAUCUAGAGAUUAAAGAUUUGAUAACAAGAAUUUUCGAAGUGCAAAUUACUAACAUACACUCUGAAAGUAAUAUUUUUUUUGAUAUUCAUAAUAGCGAAAUGAAGAUGAUUGACUACAUUGAAACAUACUUUAAAAAAUGGAAAUAA